AUGGCAACACGAUCUGAAAAAUUUUCCGUCAAUUUUAUUAUGGGAGGGUCUGCUGCAAUUGUAGCAAAAAGUGCUGCUGCACCAAUUGAGAGAGUGAAGCUUUUGUUACAGAAUCAAGGAGAGUUGAUAAAAAGGGGACAGCUUCAAAGACCCUAUAUAGGUCUUGGUGAUUGCUUCAGAAGGGUUCUCAGAGAGGAGGGUGUUUUGUCCUUUUGGAGGGGUAACCAGGCCAAUGUAAUACGAUAUUUUCCAACUCAGGCUUUCAACUUCGCAUUCAAAGGUUACUUCAAAACCCUCUUUGGAUGUUCAAAAGAGAAAGAUGGGUAUCUCAAGUGGUUUGCUGGAAAUGUUGCUUCUGGGAGUGCUGCUGGAGCAACUACCUCACUAUUUCUUUAUCACCUGGAUUAUGCACGAACUCGGCUGGCCAUAGAUGCUAGGGGAUGUCCCAUCAAUGGUAAACAGCAAUAUAAGGGGCUAAUAGAUGUUUACAGAAAGACUUUGUCCACUGAUGGAAUAGCUGGUCUAUACCGGGGAUUCGGGGCUUCGAUCAUGGGAAUAACUCUUUAUCGAGGCAUGUAUUUUGGGAUCUACGACACCAUGAAACCUAUUGUUUUGGUUGGACCACUUCAGGACAAUUUCUUUGCUAGUUUCUUCUUGGGUUGGAGUAUAACCACUGUUUCUGGGGUCUGUGCCUAUCCUUUUGACACAGUGCGACGGAGAAUGAUGCUAACUUCUGGACAACCAGUAAAGUAUCGUAAUGCCAUGCACGCAUUUCGCGAAAUCAUUCGCCUUGAAGGUUUUACUGCACUGUUUAGAGGAGUUACGGCAAAUAUGCUUCUUGGGGUGGCCGGGGCUGGAGUUCUUGCUGGAUACGAUCAACUGUACAGAAUUGUAUACAGACCACGUUAUAACUUUGAGUCUCAGAAAGCUUUCAAAUGA